GAAUCCCUGGCAAUGCUGGGCUGAGGGGAAUCAUUGGGCCACCAGGAUCUCCAGGGCAGGCAGGAUCUGUCGGAUUCCCUGGAGCUCGUGGAACAACAGGACCUAAAGGGUUUCAUGGAUUUCCAGGCUUAAAUGGUCUGAAUGGCUUGCCGGGAACAAAAGGGUCUCCUGGAACACCAGGUCUGAGUGAAGCUGGACUGAAAGGCCCUGCAGGUCUCCCAGGUCCAAAGGGUGAAGAAGGUUCUCCAGGCUUGAGUAGAGGAGCUCUAGGAUUCCCUGGACCAAAAGGCUCAUCAGGAGACAUGGGUCCCCCUGGUCCUGUGGGUCUGCCUGGCUUGCCAGGAACACCUGGAGCUUCUCUUCCUUCUGAUAUACGUGGGAGACCUGGGGAUGCUGGCCAUCCAGGAAUUGAUGGGAGUUCGGGUCCUCCAGGACCACAAGGGCCCCCUGGCCCAGCUUCUGACCAAGGUGACACAGGCAGUCCAGGUUUCCCUGGUGUUACUGGCUUGCAAGGUGUUAAGGGUGACGAGGGGCCCACUGGUCCAGUUGGACUCCCUGGAGCAUCUGGAUUCAAAGGUAUAAGAGGUGAGCCUGGCCUUAUGGGGAUGCCAGGUAAAGAUGGACCCCUGGGGGAUCCUGGUUAUCCUGGGCUGAAAGGUGAAAUGGGCCAUAGAGGUCUCCCUGGCCAACAAGGGGCUCCAGGUAUAACCCCACAGCCAGAAGAAGUCACAGCCCCUGCAGGCUUACCUGGUCUGCCAGGAAUUGAUGGUGUCCCUGGCUUUGAUGGAGAUCCUGGUUUCCAGGGCCCAGCUGGAAAACCAGGUACAAAAGGUCUGCCAGGAAGAUCUGGUUUGAAAGGACGUGAUGGUUUACCUGGAUCACCUGGCAUAGCUGGGGAUCCAGGACCUUCAGGUGCUCCAGGGCCACAGGGAUUUGAAGGUGUUGCUGGAAAGCCAGGCUUACUUGGUUUGCCAGGAAUGCCUGGUCGGAGCGUGGGUGUUGGAUAUACCUUAGUGAAGCACAGUCAGUCAGACCAAAUCCCACCUUGUCCCAUAGGAAUGAAUAAACUCUGGGAUGGCUACAGCUUAUUGUAUGUGGAGGGGCAGGAAAAGUCACACAACCAGGAUCUUGGUUUUGCUGGCUCAUGUUUGCCUCGCUUCAGCACUAUGCCUUUCAUUUACUGCAACAUCAAUGAAGUCUGCUACUAUGCCAGCCGAAAUGACAAGUCCUACUGGCUCUCCACCACUGCUCCUAUCCCCAUGAUGCCAGUGGACAGUGUCCAGAUCCCACAGUACAUCAGUCGCUGCUCAGUAUGUGAAGCACCUUCCCAGGCUGUGGCUGUGCACAGCCAGGACAUCACCAUCCCACAGUGUCCCCUUGGCUGGCGCAGCCUAUGGAUAGGAUACUCCUUCCUUAUGCAUACUGCAGCUGGUGCGGAAGGUGGAGGUCAGUCCCUCGUCUCACCUGGCUCUUGCCUGGAGGAUUUCCGUGCUACUCCAUUCAUUGAGUGCAGUGGUGCUCGGGGAACAUGCCAUUACUUUGCAAACAAAUACAGCUUCUGGCUGACAACAGUUGAACAGUUGCAGCAGUUUGUCAGCGCUCCGCCCUCAGAAACUCUGAAAGCAGGACAGCUUCGAACAAGGGUCAGCCGUUGCCAAGUGUGCAUGAAGAACUUGUAG